GGCCGCGCCCGGCGGCGGCGCUGCCCUGGGUGGGCGGUGGGGCCAGCGCUCUGUCUGAGCGAUCUGCUCGGCGAAGCCAGGUCUCCCGCCCGUGCGGCGCCGCGACAGGUGCCGAGUCCAGCAGGCUGAGGACCCACCUGCGGCUACCGCCGCUGCAAUGCCCACCAUGCGGAGGACAGUGUCCGAGAUCCGCUCCCGCGCCGAGGGCUACGAGAAGACUGAUGACGUUUCAGAGAAGACUUCACUAGCUGACCAGGAGGAAGUGAGGACUAUAUUCAUCAACCAGCCCCAGCUGACAAAAUUCUGCAAUAACCAUGUCAGCACUGCAAAAUACAACAUCAUCACAUUCCUUCCACGGUUUCUCUACUCUCAGUUCAGAAGAGCUGCUAAUGCUUUUUUUCUCUUUAUUGCGCUGCUUCAGCAAAUACCUGAUGUAUCACCUACAGGUCGUUAUACAACCCUGGUUCCUCUCUUAUUUAUUUUAGCUGUGGCAGCUGUCAAAGAGAUAAUAGAAGAUAUUAAACGACAUAAAGCUGAUAAUGCAGUGAACAGGAAACAGACACAAGUUUUGAGAAAUGGUGCUUGGGAAAUUGUUCACUGGGAAAAGGUAAAUGUUGGAGAUAUAGUUAUAAUAAAAGGCAAAGAGUAUAUACCUGCUGACACUGUACUUCUCUCAUCAAGUGAGCCCCAGGCCAUGUGUUACAUUGAAACAUCCAACUUAGAUGGAGAAACAAACCUGAAAAUUAGACAGGGCUUACCGGCAACGUCAGAUAUAAAAGACAUUGACAGUUUGAUGAGAAUUUCUGGCAGAAUCGAGUGUGAAAGUCCAAACAGACAUCUCUACGAUUUUGUUGGAAACAUAAGGCUUGAUGGACAUGGCACGGUUCCCCUGGGAGCAGAUCAGCUUCUCCUGCGAGGGGCUCAGCUGAGGAAUACGCAGUGGGUCCAUGGAAUAGUUGUCUACACUGGACACGACACCAAGCUGAUGCAGAAUUCAACAAGUCCACCACUUAAGCUCUCAAAUGUGGAACGGAUUACAAAUGUACAGAUUUUGAUUUUAUUUUGUAUCUUAAUUGCCAUGUCUCUUAUCUGUUCUGUGGGCUCAGCCAUUUGGAAUCGAAGGCAUUCUGGGAAGGACUGGUAUCUCAAUCUAAACUAUGGUGGCGCUAAUAAUUUUGGAUUGAAUUUCUUGACCUUCAUCAUCCUUUUCAACAAUCUCAUUCCUAUCAGCUUGUUGGUUACAUUAGAAGUGGUGAAGUUUACCCAGGCAUACUUCAUAAAUUGGGAUCUCGACAUGCACUAUGAACCCACAGACACUGCUGCUAUGGCUCGGACAUCUAAUCUGAAUGAGGAACUUGGCCAGGUUAAAUACAUCUUUUCUGACAAAACUGGCACCCUGACCUGCAACGUAAUGCAGUUUAAGAAAUGCACCAUUGCAGGAGUUGCUUAUGGGCAGAGCUCACAGUUUGGAGAUGAAAAAACAUUUAGUGAUUCUUCAUUGCUGGAAAACCUCCAGAAUAAUCAUCCAACUGCACCUAUAAUAUGUGAAUUUCUUACAAUGAUGGCAAUCUGUCACACAGCAGUGCCAGAGCGAGAAGGAGAUAAGAUUAUUUAUCAAGCAGCAUCUCCAGAUGAAGGAGCAUUGGUCAGAGCUGCCAAGCAAUUGAAUUUCGUUUUCACUGGAAGAACACCGGACUCAGUGAUUAUAGAUUCACUGGGGCAAGAAGAAAGAUAUGAAUUACUCAAUGUCCUGGAGUUCACCAGCGCUAGAAAAAGAAUGUCAGUGAUUGUUCGCACUCCAUCCGGAAAGUUACGACUUUACUGCAAAGGAGCUGACACUGUAAUUUAUGAUCGACUGGCUGAGACUUCAAAAUACAAAGAAAUUACCCUAAAACAUUUAGAGCAGUUUGCUACAGAAGGACUGAGAACUUUAUGUUUUGCUGUGGCUGAGAUUUCAGAGAGCGACUUUCAGGAAUGGCGAGCUGUCUAUCAGCGUGCAUCAACUUCUGUACAGAACAGGCUGCUCAAACUGGAAGAGAGUUAUGAGUUAAUUGAAAAGAAUCUUCAGCUACUUGGAGCUACGGCCAUUGAGGAUAAAUUACAAGAUCAAGUGCCUGAAACCAUAGAAACUCUAAUGAAAGCAGACAUCAAAAUCUGGAUCCUUACAGGAGACAAGCAAGAAACUGCCAUUAAUAUUGGACAUUCCUGUAAACUUUUGAAGAAGAACAUGGGAAUGAUUGUUAUAAAUGAAGGCUCUCUUGAUGGGACAAGGGAAACUCUCAGUCAUCACUGCACCACCCUUGGUGAUGCUCUUCGGAAAGAGAAUGAUUUUGCUCUUAUAAUUGAUGGGAAAACUCUCAAGUAUGCCUUAACCUUUGGAGUACGACAGUAUUUCCUGGACUUAGCUUUGUCAUGCAAAGCUGUCAUUUGCUGCAGGGUUUCUCCUCUUCAAAAAUCUGAAGUUGUUGAGAUGGUUAAGAAACAAGUCAAAGUCAUAACGCUGGCUAUUGGCGAUGGAGCAAAUGACGUCAGCAUGAUCCAGACAGCGCAUGUUGGUGUAGGUAUAAGUGGCAACGAAGGCCUCCAGGCAGCUAAUUCUUCUGAUUACUCCAUAGCUCAGUUCAAAUAUCUGAAGAAUUUAUUGAUGGUCCAUGGUGCCUGGAACUACAACAGAGUUUCCAAGUGCAUCUUAUACUGCUUCUACAAGAAUAUUGUCCUCUAUAUUAUCGAGAUCUGGUUCGCCUUUGUUAAUGGCUUUUCUGGACAGAUUCUCUUUGAAAGAUGGUGUAUAGGUCUUUAUAAUGUGAUGUUUACAGCUAUGCCUCCCUUAACUCUUGGAAUAUUUGAGAGAUCAUGCAGAAAAGAGAAUAUGUUGAAGUAUCCUGAAUUAUACAAAACAUCUCAGAAUGCACUGGACUUCAAUACCAAGGUUUUCUGGGUUCAUUGUUUAAAUGGCCUCUUCCACUCAGUUAUUCUGUUUUGGUUUCCACUAAAAGCCCUUCAGUAUGGUACUGCCUUUGGAAACGGGAAAACCUCUGAUUAUCUGCUGCUGGGGAACUUUGUUUACACUUUUGUGGUGAUAACUGUGUGUUUGAAAGCUGGAUUGGAGACGUCAUAUUGGACAUGGUUCAGCCACAUAGCAAUAUGGGGCAGCAUUGCACUCUGGGUGGUGUUUUUUGGAAUCUACUCAUCUCUGUGGCCUGCUAUCCCCAUGGCCCCUGAUAUGUCCGGAGAGUGACUGUACGUCUCUUUCCAUAAUAAUGACUCAGAUGAUAAUGAUGAACACGCAUCCCAGCACCACACAUUGUGAAAAUAGUCAACUGUUAAAAAGAAAUUACGACAUCAGGAGAGGAAAAAAAAGCGGAUUAUGUAGAAGUAAACAAUUGGAAGAUGCAACACUGAGAAGUUAUUUAGGAAAGGAAAAUAAAACAGUGUGACAAGCUUGGCUGUGACUUUAAAUACGUCGCUGUAUUCCUCUCCUCUCACAAAUAUGGUUGUGAUUUAAGAGGAGAACUUUUUUCUUUUCAGACCUGACUUGUAUUUUUUCACACCAGUACAACAAUUUAUGGGGCAAGGUAGGCCCUGGGGGAAAGUGCUAUGUUAUAUAAACAUAUGCUAGCCUGCUUUUCCAACUUGUCUAAAUGAUGUUACUGGGUAUGUUUUUGAAUUUCCAGAAGGAACUAUUUUGGCCAACUUGAUUAGUAAGCCAGGUUAAAAAAUAAAAAGCUACAUCAAGGAUCAUUUCAUAUCAGUAUUAACACCAGAAGCUUAGUAUCAGCAAAACUUGUGGAUUGAUUACGGCAUUGCAGACACGUACCGGAAAGUCCUCCCGAGCUCCAUCUGUUUCUGCUCUCCCUGGCCUAAGGGAUCUAUAAAACUACUGAAGGAAAUUGAAGUUAAGGAACAAGCAUGUGUUUUACAGAAUUUCAGAUCUCUUGAUUGAGGUUUGUAGAAUCGCUCUGAAAAACAAUAAAAAUCUUUGUUGAACUGUUCAGUGUCACUCCUGUAGGAAAGGUAUUAAUAAAUGACAUUAGUGAUAUGAUUUUCCUAAAUUGGGCUGUUGCCUGUUUUAUCCAACAUAGUAAAUUACUUUUCGUAUGAGGAAUUUCCUGGUUAAAAGAGUCCUUAUUCAUCUAUCAGCUUUUAACUACCUAAAAAUCCAUUGCUGUCAAGUCGAUUCCGAUUCAUAGCGGCCCUAUGAACGUGUAAUAAUUUAUUGGUCAUCAGACUAGCCCUUGCUGAUGGGGAAGGGCAGUGUUAUGAUAUGAGGGAGUUUCACCCAAGGUUACCCUGUUUAGCCAAGCAGCCUGGAGGAAACAACCAUCCUAAACCCUGUCAGAUGUUCUUCAAUGAGCCAGCGGUUGUGAGCCUACCUUGGAAAACAUGUUAUUGAUCCCAGUCCUCAUGCCCCUGACAGUAAAUGAGACAGGCAGACCUUCCCAGUUCCUAAGGCAACUGACUGCAUAGGCACUUCUGAGCCCAUUUUGUAAAGAGACGCCUUACAGAAAUGCUGAGAAGGAAAGGGAGACAUAGAUACCACAAAUGCAAUCAUGAACUGGGACAUAUGCACACCCUGAAAAGUUAGAGCUCUCUUUAGAGUCAUUACAAGAGCUGGCAUUGCUUUUUAUAGGCCCAGCAUCUUUUCCUACAAUAUUGAGCAAAUAUAUAUUGAGUGUUUAAUGUGUGCCAUAAGGAGACUUGAUGGCGCAAUGUUUAAGCACUCAGCUGCUAACCAAAAGGUCAGUGGUUCAAACCCACCAGUGGUCUGUGGAAGAAAAGACCUGGCAAUCUGCCCCAAUACAGAUUACAGCCUAGGAAACCCUCUGGGGCAGUUCUGCUUUGUCAUAUAGGGUCACUAUGAGUCAUAAUUAACAACAUGUGCCAGGCUCUGUGUUCAGCCUUGAGGAUGCAGAGAUGAAUGAGAUUUGUCCUUGCCCUUAAAGAUCUCAUUGUUGAUGAUGGGAUAUUGAUGUUGUAGAUGUAAGAAGUGCUGUGUGAACCCAACAUGUUAUAGCAGUGCUGAAUGAAGCCUGCUCUUGAUAUGUUAUGCCAGUGACCAGUUGCCACUGAGUUGAUGCUGACUCAUGGCCACCCCAUGUGUGUCGGAGUAGAACUGUACUCCACAGGGUUUUCAGCGGCUGAUUUUUUGGAAGUAGAUCGCCAGACCUUUCUUCUGAGACACCUGUAGGUGGACUCGAACCACCAGCCAGGUACCCCUUAGCUUUAGUUUUUCUUCUCCAGAGUCAUUCAUUCUUGCAUUCCUUCAUUCCAUAAAUGUAUGUCAAGUACUUCAUUGGUACCAGGCACUAUUCUUAGGCACCAGAUUAGUUAGGCAGGAUCCCACUGGCAUUCAGGUUGGGAGGGGCAGGGAAUGGAAGGGAGAAGCAGUCACUAAAUCACUUAGCAAAUCAGUUAACAAAGACUAAAUGAAAAAGAGCUGAAGAUAAUUUCAUAAAGUGCUAAGUGAUAGGAAGAAAAUAAGGUGGUAUGAUAGGGAGCAGACUGUAAUGGGUGCUCCAGGAAGGUCUCUAUGAAGAAAGGACAAUUAAGCUGAAACACAAAUGAGGUGUGGGCAUCUGUCAUGUGAAGAAGAGUGUUUCAGGCAGAAGGAAGAGCAUGUGCUGAUGCUCUGAGAUAGGUAUGAGCCCGAACAGUUCAAGGAACAAAUGGCCAGUGUGUUUAGAACAGAGUGGGUGGGAAACAGUGCUGAGGUGGGUCAGCAGGAAGGGAGAGGGCCCACCAAUCUAGGUUAGGAGACCAAUCAUCUCGUACUUGAGUUUUCAUGCCAGGGAUUCUGUCAGAAAUGCUCAUAAAAGAAAUCACGAAUGUCAUUCUGCCAUCUGCUUCAAUAAACCUCAUAAUUGGAAGCAAUUCUUGUAUUCCAUGAUAUAGUAAAGAGAUUAUCAGUGAGUGGUCAAAAACUGCUUUGUUCCAAAUUACCACUAGGCUCCCUAGCAUGUACACUCCAAGGCAAGUUAUUUCAUGGCAAAUUUUUGGAUAUAUUUUUUAAAAUGGUAACUGUAGAUUAAAAAGACAAACGUGUCUCAUGUGAAAGAUGGGAAGAGGUAGCAGUCUAGGACUGGUGUGGCAACUGCACAGUCAUCAAGGACCAACCUCAGUGUACUUCUUCAUAGUCCAAAAUGGCUGCUUAAGCUUUAGCUAUUCUACCAACAUCCCAGCCAGCAAGGAAGGGAAGAAUAAGAAUUAGCCUUUUCUCUUAUAAGGCUCUUUCCCAGACAUUGCCCACUAUAUUUCCACUUAGAUCUCAUUGACCAUCAUCUAGCUGCCCCAAGAGAGUCAGAGGAACAUAGUUUUUGUGCUGGGGGACAAAGUACCUGGACAAGAAACACAGUAAUUACAACUAAGGAAGAAGAAGAGAAGAGAUCUAUUGGGAGGCAACUAGAAAUCUCAGCCAUGGGUGUCAAUAAUUAUUUCUUCAUUGAUUCAGGCAAACAUUGUUGAACUAUACCUGCUAUGCCUGUCCUUUUUUUAAAAUGAAUAAUCUUGUGUUUUGUUAAGAAUUUUAAAAUCUAAACAUUUCAGAGAGGACUACCUAAGGAUGCCUUUCCACACUUCCAACUUAAACUCAACCAUACACCCCACCAGGAGAUGUAACUUGACAGCACACUAAGUGAUUUCUAGAAAUGUUAUCAGUGUACAUAACUUUAAAAUUACUACAGAAUACAUACAUUACAAAAGCCACAUAUGAGCUUUGAUAAUGUCUUUCUACAGCUAAGAUUUUUUUGAAGUUUUGAGUUCUUUUAAUAAUUUCCGACAAUCUUUAAAUAUAGGUCAUUCUGUUUUACAGAUUGAUUUCCUAGUCAUCAAACAAUUGAUGCUUUAUGAAAUGAAUUUUUAAAAAGAUGAAAUAUAGAACCAUCACAAAUUUAUAAAAACUCUGCAAGAAUGAUGUAAUAAGUAAAAAAAUUGAGCCCUGAGAUAAUUUAACCUAUUUAUACAACAUAUCCAGUAACAUCAUAACAUUUUAAAAUUAUAUUUGUCAUAAUAAAAAAUAUUUUGUUACUAAUUCUGCCCUCAUUUUUCUUUUUUUUUUUUAAAUAGUGCAGUAAAGGAGAUUAAAAUAAAACAAGACAAAACAAAUUCUGUCCUUAAUUAUUUUUAUUAUUCUGGGAGCUACAUUGUUAGAAAAUAAAGUUUCAAAACCACCCAUUCUCUAGUGCCCUUGAUUCCUUUUUAGAAACACCAUUUCCAGGGUUUAGCUCUCAGUUUAUAUUGAUACAUAGUCAAAUUUUACCUUAUUUUGUUAAAAAAAAAAACUAACUUCUGAGGGAUCCAGGCCACAGCUUAUUCUUCCUACUUUUCUUCUGAACACUUUCUAGUCGUUUCCUUUUCUCAUUACCCUUUUUGCCAGAAGGUGGGGAUGCAGAGGUGGUUUCUUACGUGGUACACCUAGAUUGAAAAUUUGGUUCUAAGAACCCACUGGCUUGUUAUAAUGGGGUGAUUGCCCCUUCUGCAACCCCUCAUCGCCCCUAGAAAGGUUCAAGGGAAAAAAGUGAAUACAUACGGAGAACUAGUAUCUAAUUUGCAUAUUUUCUAAGAUUUUCUUUGUUUGGGACAAUUUGCAUAUUUUCUAAGAUUUUGGGUUGUUUGUUUGGGAUAAUCCAAGCCAGGGGUUUUCUUUGUUUCUGAGUAAUCAAGAGCUGCUGGAAAUAAUUGCAAACAUAUUGGGGUUUAUUUAAAACACCCUUCUCCUUCCUUAUUUUCUGGGUGUUCUGCCCUGUCUAUUUUUAUGUAGAAAAUAAUAAUUCAUCCUGUAUAAGAACCUAGUUUGGCCAAAAUUUAUGGAGUGCCUAUGUGUAAGGGCUAUACUGGGUAUCAGUGGAUCAAAAGUUGAAGAAGAAAAAAAAGGAGGGUCUGUGCUAAGAACCUGGAAUCUCAUGGAGUAAACAGGUAAAUGAACAGAUAAAGAGAAUGUAAGACGCUAAUCGUUACAAUUGGGAUGCACAGGGUGCUAACAGAGGAGAAGACAUUUGACCCUCAAGCAGCAGUUUGGAAAGGUGUCUUGGUGCUGCUAUAACCAGGCUGUCCAGGAAGGCCACUGUGAGAAGCACUUUCCAGGUAGAGAACGCCCAAGCAAAGGAGUCUGGUAUUGCUACGGUAGGAGGCAGAGAAUGGUUGGAAACAGACAGGAAAUUUAAGCAGAGACCAGGUCACAGAAAAAGUUACAUGGAUGUCACAACUGUUAUUACUUUAAGCCAUGACAGGUGGCUUUUCAUUAUGGGAUACAGAGUGGGCCAGAGAGUACCUGAAGCCGUAGAAUAAAGAUUUGGGUCAGGGAUAGUGAUAAAUUAGUAGGACAUAAAAAACAUUUUUAUGUUUGUAUAUUUUAUAUAAAUAUUUUAGUAUUUUUAUAUAUCACUGUAAUUGAAAAUCACAAGAAUUCUUUUCCACUACAGUAAGAGACAUCAAAGACAUUUCUCAACCAUAAGCACCAGGACAUAGAACUUGGCAUUUGCAUUUGUCUGUCCUGAGGUUUUAUAACAGGGCAGUCGUGAGCCAGUCUACUAAAGAUACGUGGUCCCUGAAGGAUUCCAGCAGGAAUUCACAUCUUCAAGCCACCGUUCACAUGAGCUUAGAUUUGUCUCUAAUUAAAGUACAAAGUGGCAAGUUCACGACUUAGUGCCUGACCCAGUGAUGCUUAUGGACCACCAGGUUUAACCUCAUGCCCAGGCACCAUAAUAAACUGAGACGGAAAGGCUUAUGCCUUGGGAAGAGGGACGGACUACCUAGAGAGCUUUCCAGUGUCACAUUAUGGUAUUUCACGGGCCUUGAGCACAAAAACACUUUCAGAACUGUUUACAAGUUUAAAUUCAAAUAACAGAAUAUUGCCAGGGCAGCAUUGCUGGUGUCCUCAAUCAGGGAGCUUAGUGGUGAAGUGGCUACACCAGGAGCUCCAAGGUAGAGAGUCUGGUGCUGGAGUAGCACAGCCACGCCCCUACUCAGGGACCCUAGCGGUGAGGCAGUGACAGCUGGCACCCCUAAGCAGAGAGACCCUUGGUGAAGUGGCCAUAGCAGGUGCACCAAGGCAGAGAGUCUUGGGUCAGAAGGUGGGAAGUGGGAAAUCCCUAGAGGGCUGAGCAAAGGAGUCACGUUCUGACUCUUUGUGAAUAAUUGCACUGACUGUUCUGUUGAGAAUAGACUGUAGAGGGAACGGGAAAAUGCAAGGAGACCAUGCAGAAGGCUGUUGUUGUAAUCCAGGCAAGAGAUGGCAGGGGCUUGGGCCAGGUGGAGUGGGUGUGAAGUGGGUGCAUUCUGGAUAUAUUUUUGAGGUAGAACAGAUAGGAUUUGCCAGUGGACUGGACAUGCAGAAUGAGAGAAAAGGGAGAAGCAUGGAUGACUACUAAGCUUUUGGCCUGAGCAGCUGGAAGGAUAAAGUUCGUAUUUGCUGAUAUGGGAAAGACUGGGAUUUUACGUUCUGCUUCUUUUUACUUAGCAUAGAAAAAAAGUAUUCAUCCUGUAUAGUUAAUAAGAGUCUUCAUUAAUACUCGUACUAGGCGCCCCGCCUCUUCCUGCCCACUCUACUCCUCCUCCGUCCUCCCUUCCCCCCUCCAAAAAAAGAAAUCUAUCAUUACUUCCAGGUGUCAUUUUUUCCCUGUAGAUUCACUGAAAUAUUUCUGUUGAUUCAAAUUGGAAAAAAAAAAAAAUUUAUAGCUUAACAUAUUUAGCUUUCGAUGCAUACCGCCAGCUUUUUUAACAGAAAAAGACAACACACAUUGGAAAGAGCUGGAUCAGCCUCUUCUCCCCUUUCCCCAAAUCAUAUAACUGUCUAGUUAUAACUCCUCCCAGAAUAAGUCCAUGCCAGAAAACAAGAAGACCAAGCCUACUAUAAAUGCCACAUCUCAGGAAAAUAGCCCCAGGGUGCUGAUGUCUUGAAUUUUAAGUUCUUCAAACACUAAAUUGUGAGAACUUAUUUAUUCAGCAGUUAUUUGUUCAACACCUGCUUGUUGGCUAAGCAGUUGGUUAUGAGAAUGAAUCAGGAUAUAUUCCCUCCCCUUGUUGUUGGGUGCUGUCAAGUUGAUUUCAACUCAUAGAAACCCUGUGUGACAGAGCAGAACUGUCCCAUAGGUUUACUAGGCUAUAAUCUUUGCAGAAGCAGAUCAUCACAUUCCUUCUCCCAGGGAGCCACUGGGUGGGUUCAAACCACCAACCUUUUGGUUAGCAUCUCAGCACUUAACCAUUGUGCCAGCAGGGCUCCUUUUCUUCCCAUUGUAGAGAUUAUAAUCUAAUGAGACAAAGAACGCAUUAGAAAAUGGGUGAUAGGUGCCUCAUAAUGGAAACACAAAUUAAACUCAGCUAACUUUUUUUUUUUUAACUCAGUCUAAUAGAGGGCAGUGGUGAAUCAGUGAUCGAAUUUUUACCUUCCAUGCAGGAGACCAGGGUUUGAUUCCUGGCCAGUGCAUCUCAAGUGCUGAACAGGUUUUAGUAGCACUUCCAGGCUAAGACAGACUAGGAGGAAAGGUCUGGCAAUCUACUUCUGAAAAUCAGUAAUUGAAAACCCUAUGGAUCCCAAUGGUCUGAUCCACAAGUGGUCAUGGAAAUGGCAGAGGACCAGGCAGCAUUUUGGUCCGUUUUGCACAGAGUCAUCAUAAGUCAGAGGCUGACCUGACAAAUGAUACCAAUAACCCAGUUUAAGGAAGGAAACAAUAGUGACAUCUGAUGUGAAAAUUGAAGGGCAAGUAGGAGUCACAGAUGCAGGGACCCAUGAAUGAGAGUAAGCAUGGGAACACUCCAGGAACUGAAACACAGAUGGGGACCAGCUUGAAAGAUGAUAUUAGGAAAGCAAGUUAGAUAAGAAAGGUCUCGAAACCAUAUUAAGGAUUUUUGUACUCUAUCCUGAGGGCAAUUUGAAGCCAUUGGAAGGGUUUAAUCCAGGAACUGCUAAAAAUCUAAUUUGUGCUUUGGAAAUAUCCCUCUGGCUGCAGUGUGGAGAAUGGCUAGAAACAGAGCAAGACUGGAGUCAGGAGUCCAGCUGAAAGGCUUUUGUAGUAGGCCAGACAGGAUAUCAUAAAGGUUUGGACUGGGAUAAUGGCAAAGUGGGUAGGUCCAAAGGUACUAAAGUGCACGCACAACAGAACUUGAUGAUAUGUUGAGUGUGGUGCAAAGAGACAAGGGCCCCAGGCAGGAGGGAAAAGGAAAGCUGGUCAUAGGGAACCCAAGAUGGAGAAAGAUAGAGUGUUGAAAUGUCAUGGGAUUGGCAGCCAAUGUCACAAAACAAUACAUGUACUAACUGUUCAAUGAGAAGCUAGUCCUAUAAACCUUCAUUUAAAGUACAAUUAAAAAAAAAAAAAAAAAGGUGGGGCACAGGUUUCUCUCUUAGGCAACCAGUGGUGAUGUCAUUCCCUGAACAGGUUGCACAAGGGAAAGUAGGCUUUUGGGAGAAGAUAGUGGUGUUCAGUUUGGGAUGUGUUAGGUUUGAGGUGACAGUGUGACAUUUGAGCUUCAGUUAGACACUCUGUUUUUUAAGUACAGGGAGGAGAGCUAAGCCAUAAGUAGAAAUUUGUGAAAAAUGAGCCCUAUCUAGAUAACAACUGCUGUUGUUGUUAGGUGCCGUCGAGUCGGUUCUGACCCAUAGCAACCCUCUGCACAACAGAAUGAAACACUGCUCGGUCUGUGCCAUCCUCACAGUCGCUGUUCUGUUGAGCCCAUUGUUGCAGCCACGUGUCAGUCCAUCUCGUUGAGGGUCUUCUGCUUUACCAAGCGUGAUGUCCUUCUCUAGGGACUGGUCCCUCCUGAAAACAUGUCCAUAAUAUGUAAGACAAAGUCUCACCAUCAGUAUUUUAAGCUUAGAAAGUCCUUAUGUAAAGCUUUAUUCAGACACUUAAUAAUCACUUCUUAGUUUUAUUGUUGUUGUAAAUAUUAACUCUGGAAUUUAUAUUAAUAUAUCAUACUACACCCUCCAAAAAAACCUAGCCAAGUUUCACAGCACCAUUUUCUGAAUAAUUUUCUCUUCCAAAUUAAUAUUUAAUGCCCAGGCAGUCUUUAGUAAUCUCUAUAAAACAAUUUAUCUCCAUUUCUUAAAUUAACAAAUUAAGAUGAAUGGCAAUUUAUUAAUGAUCAGUUACUUUGGCUUACAUUUCAGUAUUGCAUUUCAAGAUAUUAGAUGAGACAAACAUGAUAUUAUUGUAAUGAAAACCUUGAAAUUUGUACACUGACUUACAUUUAAUCUGAUAAUUAUUAUAAAGAUUUUCUUCCUUGAAGCCCAUAGGAUGGGAAAUUGUACAGAUCACUAGAAAAAACAAAAGACUAGAGCUUUUAAAGAAAUUUGAAAACUGGAGUGAAGAAAGGACACUUUGUUAAGAAUCAAUGUUAAUAACAAAAGCAGCCACUUUACAAGCAUUAUCUGGUAUAAUUCUUACAAUCCUAACCCGAAAGGAUUAGGGUAUUAUUAUUCACUCCAUUUUACAGCUGAGGAAACUGAGGCUCAGAAAUUCCUUCCAAAAGUCUGAUACCUGGAAAGGGCAAGAACCAGGACUGAUACCAGGGUUGUUUACCACCAGACCUGCUGCGCCUGGGGCUGUGAAGAUAGCCUUAGGGUUCCUUCUCUUUUACAAGGCAUCUGUGCAUUAUCCCAGGGUAAGAGUCACAGUGCACCACUCGGACAUUUAUAGUACAAAAAAGUAGGGCCAGGCUUAAGAACUACACCUCUAAAUGUUUCUAGAAAGGAGCACAUUUAAAUUAUCUCCCAUGCAAGACGGCUUGGGAACGUGAAAGGGUGAAGAGGUGUUCCUUUCAAGUGUGGGAACCUAACAGCUAAGGGUUCACCCCACUGUGGGUCAGAAGGUAAGCCCCUCUUAUCUGAUCAAGCCCCCUUAGCUUGGUAAAAUGCAGUUGAGCUCAUACUUUUUCAAACGUCCUUUCUCUGAAAGUUCACGUGGUAAUUUCAGAACAAUUCUUCUGCCGAAACUUGCAUUUUCAGGCUGCCUUGGUUUAUUUUUGAAGCCCGCAUGGUCCAAUUUGGAGCCAGCUUCGUUCAACAGAGACAAGUAGUUGUUUGUUCCCCUCACAGGGCCUGUGCCCUUCAGUUUACCAGCUUUGCAGCUCUCUGGGCUGAUCCCUUCUCAAGUCCCCCUGGGAGCCACUUUUGUGGCAGAUUCCAUUUGGUUUCACAGAGCCUUGAGGAGGGGCGGUGAGGGCCACUUGGCAUAGCCCGAAAAUCUCCCACGUUUGGAGCAAUUUGCAAACAGCUCUCGGAGGGAGCCUGCGCCCAGCUCCGAACAGGCUCCUCCUGUUACCGCCAUUGUCUGCAGGGAUCCAUUCGCCUUUUCCCAGAUGAUCUGCCUGCUAGUGGAGAGAUGUGAAAAGUUAGAGACAAAAAUGGUUUCUACAGAGUGAGGGGGAGCUUUCUUGUACAGAAAGGAAGGAAAUACCUCUGUGGGAUUUUAUUUUUUUCCCCCUUCUUCAUCCAAAAAAUACAAAGAGACUCUCUGUCUUUAAUGCGAAUGUCGGCUUUAAAUCUUUUAGGUUUGGAUUAACUCUGCAAAAGAAAAAAAAAAUCUGACAGGCUUUCAGAUAUGACGCAGAAAAACUUUUUUCCCCCGUCAAUUCAUGGUGUUCAUUUGUAAAGCCAAAGGCUGGGUGGACUGAAUAGUGAGCGCCAGUUGUUCCCCCGUUCAUAGUUAGCAUCACAAUGGUCAGAGUUAGCAGCCUUGAGUCUCUGACCACCACUUUUGCCUUUUCCAUCAACGGACAUUUAAUAGAAGGUGGCAAAGGCAAGAAUAAAUCUUUCUUCUCUUGCCCCCAAAUUAAAAUUAAGCCAAGUAAAUGUGGUAUUUUUCUAUAACAUGACUUAGAAUCUUAUCUUACCUUUUCCCCCCGGAAGGAAAAAGAAAUGGGUUUUUUUACAGUUGUUACCUUACUGGAAAGCUUCCUUCAAUCGAAACAAAACCCGCUGGCUUGAUAGACGUUUCCUAUUACACAGUUAUUGUUGGUUUUCACUAUUGAGGAUGUCAGCAAACAUGUCGAAAAUCAUGUUUUGCUUAUAAAAUAAAGUGACUUUUAUGUGAAUUUUUUUGUCUAGAAUAUGGGUGCUAGUCCAUUGAAUCCACGUGGCAAAAUUUAUUUUCUGAAAUUUUUUAAUGGCAUGUUUUCGUUUUAAAGACAAGAAUUCAAAGCUAGUUUAUCCUGUAUAGGGGAAAAGUGUAGCAUCCUUGAACCGACGGUCGAUAAACCCAUGUUGAUGUAGGAAAGAUUUAAACAGCAGCUUCUGCUCCUCAGUUGAGAGUCCCAGUGAAUAAGUAAUCUGAACAAUAAUUUGAAAUUAAUAAUCUUAUAUUUGGUAAGGUUUGGUUGAUUAGGACUGCUUAUGUGUAAUUGUGAAACUGCCUGUAAGAUUAUAAGAAUCUAGAUCAUUUUUAAUUCCUGAACCAUAUCUUGUUUAAAAAAAAAAUUAGCCUAUAUGAUUUUUAGUGGGUUAUAGGUUGUAAAUGUGCAUGUGCUAGUUGAAUACUUUUUAAAGAAGUUACGGCACUGCGUUUAUAGAUUUAAAUAGAUUCUGUAAGUUUACUUUUGAUAAAUAAAUAGACUCAAAGAAGUGAAACCAAGUUAUUUCUUUCAAUUUUAUUGAAUGAUAUCCUUUCUUCUAAAGUCUGAUUAUAUUACAAAGGGAUUUUUUAUUGUAAUUGCAAACAGCUGAUAUAGUUUAUUAAUUUAUUAAUCAUAGAAUCAUUUUAUUUGCAGCCCAGAGGGCUCUGGUAUAACAAUGUAGGAUUUAAUAUGAAAGAAGGAUUAAAGUUCUUUUUAAUACACUCUUUUUCUUUGACUUUAGCAAUAAUAGGUAUAAGCUACAUAAGCCAUUGAACAAAAAUUAAAAUUAUUCCUACCUAAUACCAGCCAAAAAUACUCAAGUUGUUAUUUUCAGAGAUGUCUUAAUUUGAUUAUACUACAUUCAUGAGCUAUCUAGAUGAUUUUUUAGUAUCAUGUAAUAUUUUACAAAAGUAAAAUAUUUUCCAGGAAAAGUAUAUUUUGUUUCUAAAUAGGGUUAAUUUUACAUAUUAUAGUGUAAGGGAAUUAAUCCAGAUUAUGUUUGAAAUUGGCUCAAAAGCAUUAGCUAUAAUAGAAGGUCAAAGUUUAUUAUUCCACGCAUUAACCACAACAAUAAAAAUUUCACUUGAAAUGUGAAAAGAUUUGGCACACGAUAAAACUUUUCUGUAUUAGCUACUGGAGCAAAAAUGUGUUGUAACUGCAUGUUUUAACACAUUAACACUUUUAAUUCCAAAUAUUUUAUAAGUUUGAAUUCAGUUAUUGUAUACCCUCUUGUAAAGAAUGAUAUACCUGUUAUAUAUCAUUCUUUAUUUUACUUAAUUUUUAAGUUAUAAAUGCAUUUAAUUAAAAUCAUAGAAA